AGUCUCGCCGGUGCUGCAGCUACGUCCGACAUGAGUGGGGAUCAACUGCACAACGACUCCCAGAUCGAUGUGGAUUUCCGAGUGAAUGAUUCUCACAAACACAAAGAUAAACACAAAGAUCGUGAACACCGACACAAAGAGCACAAGAAGGACAAGGAAAAAGACCGGGAAAAGCCCAAGCACAGUAAUAAGGAGCACAAAGAUUCCUCAGAGAAAAAACACAGAGAAAAGGAGAAAACCAAACACAAAGAUGGCAGCUCAGAGAAACACAAAGACAAACACAAAGAUAGAGACAAGGAGAAACGAAAAGAAGGAAAGGGAAGACCAUCUGGAGAUGCAAAAAUAAAGAAGGAGAAAGAAAAUGGUUUUUCUAGUCCUCCUCAUAUUAAAGAUGAACCAGAUGAUGAUGGUUAUUUUGCCUCACCUAAAGAAGAUAUCAAGCCUUUAAAGAGACCCCGAGAGGAUGAUGAGGCUGAUUAUAAACCCAAGAAAAUAAAAACAGAAGAUAUCAAGGUGGUGAAGAAGUGGAAACCAGAGGAAGAGGAGGACAACAAAGCAAAAAAAAUCAAGAACAAAGAUAAGAAACUUCCUGAACCAGAUAACAAGCAGAAGAAGCCUAAGAAAGAGGAGGAGCAAAAAUGGAAAUGGUGGGAAGAAGAGCGCUAUCCUGAAGGCAUCAAGUGGAAAUUCUUGGAACAUAAAGGCCCUGUGUUUGCUCCACCUUACGAGCCUCUGCCAGAAAAUGUCAAGUUCUACUAUGAUGGUAAAGUCGUGAAGCUGAGUCCCAAAGCAGAAGAAGUGGCUACAUUCUUUGCAAAAAUGCUUGACCAUGAAUACACUACUAAGGAUAUUUUUAGGAAAAAUUUCUUCAAAGACUGGAGAAAGGAGAUGACAAAUGAAGAGAAAAAUAAUAUCACCAGUCUUAGCAAGUGUGACUUCAACCAGAUAAGCCAGUAUUUCAAAGCCCAGUCGGAAGCAAGAAAGCAAAUGAGCAAGGAAGAGAAACUGAAAACCAAAGAGGAAAAUGAAAGGCUAUUGAAAGAAUAUGGUUUCUGUGUGGUGGACAAUCACAGAGAGAGAAUUGCCAACUUCAAAAUUGAACCUCCAGGUCUUUUCCGGGGCCGAGGCAACCAUCCAAAGAUGGGAAUGUUGAAAAGGCGAAUUAUGCCUGAAGAUAUAAUUAUCAACUGUAGCAAAGAUGCCAAGGUUCCUCCUCCUCCCCCUGGACAUAAAUGGAAAGAAGUUCGACAUGAUAACAAGGUUACCUGGUUGGGGUCCUGGACUGAGAAUAUCCAAGGAUCCAGCAAGUACAUUAUGCUGAACCCUAGUUCAAGAAUCAAGGGGGAGAAGGAUUGGCAGAAGUAUGAGACAGCCCGUAGAUUGAAGAAGUGCGUAGACAAGAUCCGGAACCAAUACCGAGAAGACUGGAAGUCCAAGGAAAUGAAAGUCCGACAGAGGGCUGUAGCAUUAUACUUCAUUGACAAGCUUGCUCUGAGAGCUGGCAAUGAGAAAGAAGAAGGAGAGACAGCUGAUACUGUAGGCUGCUGUUCCCUCCGACUAGAGCACAUCAACUUACAUCCGGAGAUGGAUGGCCAGGAAUACGUGGUUGAGUUUGAUUUCCUAGGAAAGGAUUCCAAGCUUUUAUUGCAACCUUAG